UUCUUUAUGGUUCCUUAGUAACUUUAUUUACAGUCUGUGGUGAAAGAUCAGCUGUCAAAUGUCAGUUGAAUUUAAUUGUCAAGUCAAUCAAAUCUUACAAAAAAAACGUACAUAGCAAACAAAGAUAGAAGAAUAGUGUUUUUAUAGAAAAUAAUUAUAGUCCAGUUGUAAAUGUAUCACAUAGUAAACGGUUCGGUUCUAAAACAUAAUAUGUGUUAUAAUGACAUAAGAAACAGUGCAUUAGUUCUUCCGCCCUGAUCGAUGAUACUCCUACUUUCAAUGAAGAAAUAAAGUGAAUAAAUUGAUCAUUAAAUGAUGAGUCAACAUAAUUUCUGGAGAGGAUUAACACCGUUGAAUGUGGCACCUUCUCAGCAAGUUCCAGAUAAAAUUGUAAAACUGUGUGCACUCGGCCCAGACUUUAUUGUGUUAGGCAAUGACCAUGGGCUUUAUCACUGCGAAAUAAUUGACAAUUGCUCGAAUUUCAAAAAAGUCAGCGGGAUUUUAGCAAUAGACAUAUCAUAUCACAAUGAUAUUCUGUAUUUUAUAGAUGUCCAUGGAAGACUUUUUAAGACAAAUACUAGUUUUAAAAAUAAAGAAGAAAUUAUUGUUAAGGAGGAUGCCAAGUGUUGCCCUCACGGUUUUAAAAGUUCCAGUUAUAAAGUGAAGUUCAGAAAUGUAGUGACUAGUGAUUUUGGACAGCUAUUUAUCAGUAGUGAUGGGCAGCUUUGGGGUUCUGGGGUUAUGCCCCAAAUAUCAUUAGACACAAGUAGUGUUAAGAAAAUUCCGUUUUUUGAAGGAAGGACUGUUUAUAGUGCAUCAGUUGGUCAAAACUUUGCAGCAGUUAUAGCUAGGAAGAAUGUGAGAAGGUCUGGUAACUGUGAUACAGAGAGUGACAAUGAUGAUGAAGAAGUGUUUGCAUCAAACUGCUCACAAUGCCAGACAAUAAUAGGCCUAGCAUCCCCCGCAUCCGUGCCAUCGUUAUCCGAAACCUGCCCCUUAGGUGUUCAAAUUAGUAAGUCUAGUGAAGAUUCAAGUAGUACUACGCCCCCACAAACAGAUGUGCAUAUUGAUGCACAUAGUUUAACUGAAGAUUCUAGUCCCUCGUCUGAGGAAUCAAAAAUUGCCAGAACAAACUCACAAAAAAACACAAACUUAGAUACUGAUCUUAAUUUUCAAGAUGCCAAGUCAGAUGCUGACGACCAGACAGACAAAGAAAGUGAAACAGAUGAAGCUUGUGGAGAUAAAAUCAAUAAUAUAUUUAUAAACACUGAUGCUGCUAGACAGUUCCUGAGCAGGCAGCUUUCAUGGGUGUCAGCUGGUGAAGAUUACUUAGUAGAAUACACAGAAAAACCCACUAGAAUAAUAAAAGAAAAUGUAUCAAACCUUACAAAUUUUGUUUAUGAAGGUGUCAAAACGGUGGGCGACAAAGUUGCGACGUUAUCGCGACAUGUCAGUGGCAGCAGCGACAAUAAUGACGCUGUAGAGUUGCAAAUGCGAAGCCACCAUGAGGAGCUCAAUUCUCUUAUGUACAGCUGCACCUCCAACUGCAAUCUUGAAGAUCUACACUUCUCUACUAGCACCCUAAGCAGUGAGAAAGAAUAUGAAGCAGCAAGAAAAAGAGAAAACCUUAAAAAUAUGUCCAAACUUGGUAAGAAUAUUUUAGGUACAGAAUUAUGGACCUGGGGCGACAUAUCAUAUGGGCAGCUAGGAGUAGGAGACACCAUCAAAAGGAUAAAACCAAUGGUGGUCAUGAGUUUGUCAGGUUUUGGGCUACAGAAGGUAUCUUGUGGUAAAUGGCAUUGUUCAGCCUUGACCUUGGAUGGGCGACUUUUCAUGUGGGGCUACAAUCAGUUCCAUCAAGUUUGUUUUGAGUCCAGAGAAGAUAGGAGUGGUCCCAAACAGUUCACAGAGAACUCUGACAGUGAUAGGGUCAGAGACAUGAUAGCUACAGAUCACCACACUUUGGCAUACACACACAAUGAAAAUAUAUUUUAUAUGGGCAAGCAUACAGAAGGAUUCACAGAUUCUAUAGUCAAUCUAAAUAUCAAGAGAGGUAAUGAAACCGAUAGCCCAAAAGAUACAACUGUAAAAGUAACAGAUAUCCCAAAUUUUAUAACGAAACCCCAGAACAUGUGUUACCAUUGGCGAAUAUUAUCGUCAGGUAACAUCAGCUAUUGCUCAGUAGAAGAAUCGUCCAAGUGCCCAGAAUUCCAAGACCUGUCUAUUGCUCAAAGAUAUCUAGAAGAAAUGCUGUUAAUAUAUCAUAAUCUAAUCAAACCUUUUCUUAAGAAAAGUAAAGUAAUAACUUCACAUUCCAAUAUUUACGAAACAGUUUGUGAUAUUUUUGGUGACAUAAUAAACAUAACUGCUCUGAAUGUUCUCUCGAUGUGGCAGUACGCCGAGAAACAUAUAAACGAAUGUGAUAUUUCUUUGAUAAAAAAUUUAGAAGAGUUUAUUUAUUUGUACAGAAAGUAUUACGUAGCUGUAAGCAAUUUGAUAGUUAUUGGCGGCUUUGCGCAGAUUAACAAUGUGGUCGAUGCGCCGUCUAGUGUUUAUAAUUUGUUUAGUGACCAACUCCCGACUAACAAGCAGAAAAACAACAAAAAGACCUUGGAAGCCAUAGUAGGUCUAGCAUUCGUUCAGCCCCUAACAAGAUUGAGUUCUUAUAAAUGCAUAGCUCAAUCAUUAUUGAGGUAUAAGACAAAAAGAAAAAAGGUUGACGGAAAGUCAAAUAUAGAUGAAAGGCUAAAUAAAGUUAUUACGUCGCUUGAUUCAUUGAUGGAUGAACAGGAAAAGAAACGGAAGGAAGCUGACGUCACAAAGUUAUUUUGGGAAACGGUAGGCAAGAGUCUGGAGCAGUAUCGAACGCCUGAACGGCGACUAGUCAGAGAGUCCAAGUCGCGUCAGCUAAACUUGGUGAAUCCUGGUCGCUUCUCAUCUCAUUGGUUCGUUCUAUUCAACGACCUAUUCGUCCAUGUAAACGGUAGCACUCCUAACGUCCAUCCUUUAGAAACGUUAUGGGUGGAGCCGAUCCCAAAUACAGAUUCGCUCCAAAAUGUAAUUCAACUUACUACACCAGAAGAAAUUAUCUCAGUAUCAACGGCUACUGAACAGGAGAAAACAGAAUGGAUCCAUUCAUUAAACACGUCGAUAAGACUUGUGCUAAAUAAGGACAACUUCAAACCGCCGGCGAUAAGGACCGCCAGUCACACGUUUUCAAGUAAAAAUAUUUUUUACAAAGAUGCGAAAUAUACAGGGCGGUGGUUGGAUGGUAAAAUUCAUGGAAGUGGUAAAGUAGAGUGGCCUGACGGAAAACUGUAUGUUGGGCAAUUCCAAAUGAAUUCGUUAUGUGGACAUGGCAAAAUGGAGAUUCCCAAUGUAGGUAUUUACGAAGGUCAAUGGAAGGACAAUCUCCAAAACGGUUACGGUAUCAUGAAAUACACCACAGGAGACAUUUAUGAGGGUUAUUUCAAGGACGGUAGUCCACACGGACAUGGGAUCAAAAAGCAGGGGGAUUUCACAUCAUCGUCCGCCACAAUAUACACAGGGGAGUGGGUCAAUGGCGUGAGGCAAGGUUACGGGGUCAUGGACGAUAUAGGAAAAGGGGAGAAGUAUUUGGGAAAUUGGAGCGAUAAUAAGAAGCAUGGAUGUGGCCUCAUUGUGACCUUGGACGGGAUUUAUUACGAAGGACUGUUCAUGCAGGAUAUUUUGACGGGUCACGGUGUAAUGGUAUUUGAAGAUGGGACUCACUACGAAGGGGAGUUUCGAUCAGCUGGUGUGUUCUCAGGGAAAGGAAUACUAACAUUUUCCAGUGGAGACAAAAUUGAAGGGUCGCUCAGCGGAGCCUGGACUGAAGGCGUCAAAAUAUCGAAUGCGACUAUGCACUUAAAUGUGUCCAAUCCCGUGCCCCCAACCAAUUCUAAACCUAACUCAUUCGGAAAACUAAGUGUAGCCCCAAACCAGAAAUGGAACGCCCUCUUCCGUCAAUGCUUCCUCCAUUGUCUAGGAGUAUCAGAGUCCCUACUCACUCCAACUGGCAACCACCUUGCCAAUGGCUCCUCAAAUACGAUAGACAACGUCAAAAUCUGGCAGAAUGUGGCUGUGGCACUCUCCUGCUCGCAUAAGGAGAGGAAUAAGAUGUCAAAGAAAAAAGGCAAUGACAUGGAGAGGUCCGUCGACUGUUUAGAAGUUAUACCAGAGUUUGGACAGAAGACCUUAGAUUUGGAGAAUUAUAUGGAGCUGAAGCAGUACUUGUACAAUCAGGCCUGCGAAUCCACACACCACCCUCUCGGCCUCCUAGUAUUAGGGGUAACCAACGCCUUCAACACCACAUACGGCGGCGUCAGGGUCCACCCGCUACUCCUCAGCCAUGCCGUCAAGGAGUUGAAGAGUAUUACAAGUCGGCUGUACCAGGUGGUAAGGUUGCUGUUCCCCGCGUUACCGCCAGAGGGCGCUGAUGCUGUACUCUCAUAUAAGGUGAAGGAAGAAGGUGAUGAUGAAGAAACGAAUCCCAUUGAUGGAGAGGUGGUAUCAGCGGCGUCUCUCCUACAGCCUACCUUACUACCCCGGGUACAUCCCGCACUCUUCGUACUAUACGCGUUACACAACAAGAGAGAAGACGACCUCUACUGGCGACGGUUGCUCAAGUGGAACAGGCAGCCAGACCUUACGCUCAUGGCCUUCUUGGGCAUCGAUCCAAAAUUCUGGGUGGGCUACACACAUCCCAACAACCAGCUAUCCCCAACAUCACCGAUAAAGGAACAGCUUUUCCAAGAAGCAGUGGAGACGUUACAACAGUUGAAGACCACCUUCUCCCCUAUAGAGAAGCUCCUGGUCAUCAGGAGCACCUUCCAGAAGAUGACUAUUGCUGUGCAGCAAGAGUUGGGUCAGAACUACCUGUGGAGUAUGGACGAGUUGUUCCCGGUGUUCCACUUCGUGGUGGUGAGGGCGCGCAUCCUGCAGCUGGGCUCCGAGAUACACUUCAUAGAGGACUUCCUCGAGCCCGCCAUGCAACACGGGGAACUUGGACUCAUGUUUACCACGCUCAAGGCGUGUUACUUCCAAAUACUUCAAGAGAAGAUGUCGAUCAACUAGCUUGUUAUAAUAACGAUUGAUCUCGCAAUAUGUAUGGUGCGUAUUUAGUUGUAGCUUCCGCAAUAAUUUGCUGUGUAAGUUCUCGCUAGGUGUUCCGUUAGCUAGUAGGUUGUGAGGACGUAUACAAGAUUGUGGAAAGCCUCAAAGAUACAGAUGUGAAGUUAAUGGAAAAGCAACCUUACUACCUUGUAAUAAGACUAUUUUGUUCGCUGUCAUGUUUGUCUGGAACCUUUUUCCCCUAGAGAGUUUUGAGGCUUAGUUUUGCUAGCUCAACUAAAGAGUUCUCAAAGAUACUUUCUUAUCAAAAGCAACCUCUUGAGAGAGAGGUUGCUUUUGUCAUAGGCUCUAACCUUUUCAUAGGCUUCAUCUCAACACAAAGUUUUGCCUUAUUUAAUUUCUUCUGUGACCUUCAAACCUUUACUGGGUAAAUGUAUCUCAAAUUGCUUGUAAAAAUGUACAAACAUGAACCUAAAUCGGCUAAAUCAAUUGAUAGACUACUAUCUUUUCAUCAUUGGUUCACUGCAAAUAAAAUGCAAAUCUUGUAUACGUACUUGAACAUAAUAAUUGUUAUAAAAUCUUAUUGUUAUAUAAUUGUAAUGUCUUUGUAGACAGUGGUUAGAUUUGAAAGUAAUUUGUACGGUAUCUAAAUGGGAGUGGAAGACGUCAUUUUUUUACUGUCCAACAGAUAUCUAACUAAAAGAAAUUUAGACAUGGAUUCCUUUUUUUGCGGUACCGUCACAAAAUAUGAAACUGUUACGUGACGUCACUAGCCCCACUCUUGAACUUUGUUUUCCUUCCUCUGCUUAAUUGUUACUAUAUAUAAACCGAAUAGAUAUCGCAUGUGAAACAUUUUGUUCGUAUUCGAUUUCACCAAGUGAUGUCAAAUGCAAGCAAAGACAAUUGCAAUUUCAUUAGUUGGUUCAAUGUCACAUUAGAUAAAAUAGCUAUGGCAUAUUUUCCUAACCGUUGCGUAUGCCAUAUUGUCAUUGCAAAAUUCGUAUAUUUUUUCUGUACAUUGUCUUUUAUGCGAAAUCUAUUAGAUCUAAUCUAUGUGUUUACAUAUCUAGAAAAAAAUGCUGUCUUAUAUUUUUUUAUUAUCUAUCUGUUGGAUUAUCAUGGUUAUCAUUGGGUAUUAGACUUGCUACCCAUAGGACCUAUUCUAUCAUAAUCAUCACAGAUCAUGUAUGAUCGAUCAUUUAAUUUGUUUAUUGAAUCUAUAAUGAUAUUAAUUGUAUAAUUGAAUUAUUUAUAAAGACGACGCUAUAAAGUCCUACUUAUAAAAUUAUUUUAGUGUAUUCCAAUAUCGAUCUCACGGUUUUAAUUAAAGACACUCUGUAUUGUAUAUUUUUGUAAAGAAAUUCUAAAAGUGUGUGUAUCACGUUUUCCUAAAGAGAGAAGGCCUAUUAAGUGCCCAACAUAUUGUUACGAUAUGAUAAUCCUUUCAGCUCUUAACCUGUAGGUUUGUAUCUACCUAUUUGACACCUAUAACAGAAAUGUAUCAAUACCGGAACAAGAAAACUAGAACAAUUCAGUCACUACCAAAUAUUAUUAAUAUUUUUGAUUUAUGUAUUACAGCAUAAGUUAAAAAAUCACUCACCUCCCACCUUUUUAGAAGACUAACAAUAACAUUAAGUACUCCUGCGUAACAACGGGAUGAAGUUCCAAACCUAAAAACUCAAUUGUAUUUGAAUGCUAACACCCGUAUGCAGGGACAACAUUUAGCUAAGUGUCUGCCUGUCACCUCAGUUUCACGAAGAUAGAGCCAAAUGACACGGUAGGACCACACUUUGCUAUGUGUCGUUCCUGAACACGACGGCAUAUUGGUGAAGUGGAAAGGAUAGCAUGUGAUUCAACAGCGACCUGAGGUGUUGCGUUUGAGCCCAUUAGCAAUUCAAAUUAAUGAUUUUUUGUAUUAAAAUUAAUGUUUUUUGUUCAAAAAUUUUGUUUUAAUUAAUUUAGUUAUUUUGAGUGCCAAAAUUUUUAUGUGUAUGGGGACUUCUUUUAAGUAGCGACGUUAUGUCAAAUCUAAUCGAUUGUAUUGAACUCGUGGCCGUUGGAGGUUAUUAUUAAAUGAUGCAACGGUUUAAUCACGCGUAUUUAUCGGGAUUGCAUGAGAAAGAGAUGCUUUUUUAUGAUUCCGCAAUUUGGUUUCUUUAUAAGGUUUGAUUGCAAAACAUCUACUGAGUCGUCCCCAUAGCUUUAGAAUGUAAAACGUAGUGAGUGGAAUGGUUUUGAGAUAAAUUUUAAAAGUAAAUAUUUUAGUAAAAAGUAGCAAAAGUUUAAAGUGAUAUUUAGAUCUCUUUCAAUUGGAAAUCUUAUCGACAAAACCCGUUCUCUCACUAAGUUGCCCGCCCCAUUUAUUUUAUCAUGUACAUAUAUAAUUUUAAUAGAAUAGCAACGGUAAGCAAUAAUCCAAAGGUACAACAGUACAAAGUGAAUUAUUAUAAUAGCGAACAAAUUGUUAUUUUUUUAUUUUAAAACAAUCAGAUGCUUAGUGAUUGUUUUUAAUAUGUAGCUAGAAUAUGGCAACACCAUAAGUUGCCAAUAAAAUUAACGUUGUAUGUCCUAUAUGUGUAAUAUUAUGGAAUAAUACAUUUCUAACGGUCAUCAAAAAUUAAAAUCUGGGGUUUCUUACAGAAGGUAAUGUUAGUGUCCGAUAAGCGACGAAUUUUCCGUAAUAUUCUAACAAUGGUAGUUCUAUCUAUAGUCUAUAAUCAAUUCCAUUGAUAAACAGAAUAUGAAGCGUAAACAUAGCCAGGCAAGUCUUCAGCAAUGCAUGGCAAUAGUCGCAAAGCAAAUUAAACUCAUCUGGUAUCCAAGACCAACAUCCCCUUGCGUAUGAAAGCCCAAAAAUAAACAACCAAAAUGAUCUGGUUAAUGUUGAAAUAUGGCCAUUUUUAUAGAUAAUAGAAUCAUGAUUAAGCCAUUUCUAAAUCGAUUGUUACGAUCAAACGAUUGCUUUACGAAUGCAAUUGACAAGUACCAUAUCAUUAAUGUUACAUACAUGUUAAUUACUAUAUUUAUAUCUUUGUCCUGUGAAGUGUGUUUAUGAGAUAUUUAAAAAAUAUAUAUUUAACAUUUAAUAAAAUUCGCAGUAAAA